CGUUGCUAGCGUUUUAACCUCAUUUUCGAACCGGUAGAAAUAUUAUUGCUUGAAAGAGGUACAUCAAAGAACGAUUUGGGACGAGCGUGGUACGUGUCCGGACGCAUCAUUCGAAGUGUUUGAAAGGAAAUUGUUAUAAAAGCGAGAGCAAUUCGAACAAUAAUCCGUUCACGAUGGUGAAGCUAACGCCGGAACUGAUAGAGCAGUCGAUGCAAUACAUCAAUCCUGUGCGGGAUCGCGAAUUGGAUCUCCGAGGAUAUAAAAUACCCACCAUUGAGAAUCUGGGCGCGACUUUGGAUCAAUUUGACACGAUAGAUUUUUCGGAUAAUGACAUACGUAAGCUGGAUGGUUUUCCGCUCUUGAAAAGAAUAAAGACUCUAUUCUUCAAUAACAAUCGAAUUGUCAGAAUCGGCGAAGGUUUAGAAUCCUGUAUACCAAACUUGCAAACUCUGAUGUUAACUGGCAACAUGAUACAAGAACUGGGUGAUUUGGAGCCUCUGAUACCAUUGAAGAAUCUUACGAACUUAUGCCUACUCCAAAACCCAGUAUCCGCUAAACCACAGUAUAGGCAGUACGUCGUCUACAGAUUUCCACAGCUUAGACUGCUUGAUUUUCGGAAAAUUAAACAGGCUGAACGUGAAGCAGCGACAGAAUACUUCAGAAGCAAGCGUGGCAAAGAAAUGGCGCGCGAAAUAGCUAAAAAGGUGAAGGCACAGACGUCUGGUACAUCUGUGGACAAGCCUCUGACUACUCCCGAAGAACGUAAUAAAAUUCGAGAGGCCAUUACAAAUGCAUCCUCUUUGGAAGAAGUACAGAGGCUUAGUAAACUGCUACAAGCUGGUCAUAUACCUGGCGAGGAACGAUUGCAGAAUGGUAGCGGAGCUGCAGAACCUAUGGAAGAGGAUGAUGAUUAAGUUUUAAUUUAAAUCCAUAACAAAACUUCUUAUUGUAAGUAUGCAGCUUAAUGGAAUAGGAGUGAUAAUAUAGAUUGGGCUGAUAAGAAGUUGUAUACUACACAGAAAUGAUCUUUAGACUAAGGUUUACUCUAAUCAGAUAUUACUUUUUUGUAAAAUAAAAUGAUACUAUGAGACUUGCCUUGAA